UUCCUACUUCAGCUUCUUCUCUAAUUAUACAUAUUGCUGUCUUUUAAGAUGGGAUUUUUAUUACUCUCUCUGUUCUUGCUGUUUUCAGUAAGAACAGAUGCAGAACAAUAUUUUCUAAAUGCCACUAAUUCUAUAGAUGCAAUUAGUAAUGGUUGCAAUAUUUUCAGUGGGAAAUGGGUUUAUGAUUCUUCAUAUCCUAUGUAUGAUUUCUCAAAAUGUCCAUUCAUUGACAAUGAAUUCAACUGCCAGAAGUACAACAGGCCUGAUAAUUUGUACCUCAAAUAUAGAUGGCAACCUUUCUCCUGCAACCUCCCAAGGUUCAAUGGGUUGGUUUUCUUGCAAAAAUACAGGGGGAAGAAUAUAAUGUUUGUAGGUGACUCUUUGAGCUUGAAUAUGUGGGAGUCACUGGGUUGCAUGAUUCAAUCAUCAGUGCCAAAUGCUAAAACUGCAGUCAUAAGGAAAAAUGGAAUUGCUGAAAUUGCAUUCUUGGACUAUGGAGUUAGAUUGUUAAUGUAUCGUACUCCUUACCUGGUGGACAUGGAGAAAGAAAAUAUUGGAACUGUUUUGAAGUUGGACUCCAUUACUGAUGGCAAUGCUUGGAGAGGAAUGGAUGUAUUGAUAUUCAACUCUUGGCAUUGGUGGACUCAUACUGGCAGUUCCCAACCGUGGGAUUACAUGCAAGAAAAAGGCAAAGUUUUCAAAGAUAUGAACCGUUUGGUUGCUUUUUACAAAGGAAUGACCACAUGGGCUAGAUGGGUCGAAAAAAAUGUUGACCCAUCUAAAACUAAAGUCUUUUUCCAAGGAGUAUCCCCAGUUCACUAUCAGGGCAAGGAAUGGAAUGAACCAUCAAAAUCAUGCAAAGGAGAAACACAACCAUUUUUUGGCACAAAGUAUCCAGGAGGGACACCAGAAGAAGCAAUUGUGGUCAACAAAGUAAUGAGCAGAAUUAAAAAUAAAGCUUAUUUGUUGGACAUUACAACUCUUUCACAGUAUAGAAAAGAUGCACAUCCAGGAUUUUAUAGUGAUAUGCAUGCAUCAGAUUGUAGCCAUUGGUGUCUUCCUGGAUUGCCUGAUACUUGGAACCUUCUCCUUUAUACAGCUCUCAUUGGUUGAAAUCGCGACGACCCUGUUCUUUAGUCGCCACAAAAAGUGAGGUUUUUUUUUUUGUGGCCGCUCUGAAAGCGUCGUCACAAGCGGCCACAAAAAAGUGAUAGUUCUAGUGAUGAUCUUUGAAGUCGCCGCGGAAAGUAAUAUUUUUCAUGAAUAAGUUUCAACCGCUCGAAUAUUCUUAGUGACCUUCAAGUCGCCACGAAAAAUAUCUAGUAAAGUUCUGUAGCACCAAAGUCGUCACUCAAAGUCUCACUUCUUGUUGCGUGCGACAAUUAUUCUAUAGCUGCCAUGAUAGAUUUGUCCAUUUCAAGGUUUAUGUUUGAUUAGGAAUUUGAUUGAGUUGUAUUUGUCCCAAAAUAAUAUUGGUGUUUGAAUUGUAAAUUAAGUGGCCAUAAUAUCUUUAGGCAUGAAAGGAUGCCUUAGUCAAUGUUGUAAGACAGAUGAGCAUUCUUUUAAAGAAAGAUUUAUGAAAUUGUUUUGAUCAGUUUCA